UGUCCUUUGAUCGAUAUUUUCUUCCUUCAUUACAUCUGUUCCAGUGUUGACAAACAAUGCAAAAAUGGCUUAAAAUCCCACAAAACCCUAAAAAAAUGUAUGUAUAAACGAUCCUAAACCAGUGUUCAACCCCGCCAAUUCACAAAUCAGCAAAAUGACGUACGACAUCGAAUGCUACAUAGGCAACUUGCCUACCGAAGUGUUGCUGUUCAUUUUCUCGUUGUUAAGUGCGCAGGACCUUACGGCAUGCCGCCGAGUAUGCUCAAGGUGGAAGAUGAUAGUCGACGGGAUGUCCAGAAGCGACCAUUUAUGGCGAUCGCACUGCAGACGGGACUUCAGGAACAUCUAUAAGAUAGCCCGAAUCAAAGCGCGACCUGGUGUCUUAUGGUUCCAUAUUUACCGCUCGCUAUCUCUUUGGUCGAAGCUCUCGCAGGCCAGAGAGCAGCGAGAUGAGUUUGCAGCAGCUUCCGGUAUUAGUGAGGAAAUACAAAAUUUCAAAAUACUUCGGGACGGUAUCAUUGGUGUUCACAAAAAAGGAGCCAUAGAGUAUUAUGAUAUUGAUACGUUGGAGAAAUCGAAACGCUCAAGCAUCACUGGUGAUUAUUUAAGAUAUACAGAGAACGAUGAUUAUAUUAUCAUACUUAGCUACCAUCUGCACUUGUUUAUUAUCAGGAAAGCAAUUCAGAAUCCUAAAUACGAAACAAAUGUAACAUUUGACAAUGUUAAGUCCUUUAUAUUGGCUAAAAAUAAGGUAUACUAUGUCACAUUAGAAGACCAGAUAUUUGUAUGCCUUUUAGAGGAUGGUGGUCUCACGGAGCAGUUUAUAACCAACUCAUCGGAUGGAGUCAUGUGCCUAGGUUUUACAGAUAUGCUUCAUGUGUUAACGUUCCAACGUAACAUUUAUACUGUAGUUAACGAUAAUGACCUCCAUUUCACCUGUAGUAUUGAUUCCGACUCGAAUCUGCUGCAUCAGCUCAGGGAAUAUAACUUUCUAGAACGGAUGGAUUGGCGAGUCUAUAUCCAAUGGAUGUAUGUUCUGAACCACACUAUACCUGAAGGUCCGUUGCGUGACAUAGUAGUCGUCCGGGUAUAUGGUGAUGUCGCAUUUGUCGGUUCCAACUGGGGUGUGCUACGUAUCUACUAUGCACCAUACACUGGUGACGGAGAAUUUGAUUUGUUUAACUCGGAGCCAGUGAAACAGUAUAACUUCAUGGAGAGAUACGACUGCCCAGUGUUGUCAAUGUGUCCGAUCAUACAGAUUGACGUUAUGGAAGGAGAGGCUGGACAUACAGUGAUUGUAGCGAUGCCGAAGAAGAUAGCAGUGCUAGAGUUUACACACAGUUUCAAACGAACUGCCUCAGUGGCUAUGCUGCCAUACAGUGAUACACAGAAGGUAAAAGUGUUAAAGAUUGAAGAUCAUUAAGAAUUCACUAAAUUUUAGCUUAAAUUAUGCCUCAGUACCAUUGAAAACCAACUGGUUAUGCCUAAAAUGGAUUGGGUAAAAAAAGUCUAGAAAUUACUAAUUUUACAUAGCUGAGAUGUGAAACUUUUACACAUCUUCUUUCUUUGAGACACCAUGUACAAUAUGUACCCUCCUAAGUCCCAGUCAUUUUUGCAGCUUUAAAUUUUAAAUCCUCUUAUUAUUUCUUUUUAGUUCAAAAUUUGAUUUGAUUUAAGUAUACAAUAGGGUAUAUUAUCUGAAUCCAUUGCUGAUUAUGCAAAAUGUAGAAUCAGAUUGCACUUGUACAGUUAGAUUUUAUAAUAACAUGAAAUUAAAUACAAUCUACAUACAAUUUCAUCUAUCAAUAUUAUAAAAUUAAAUCUAAAAUAAUCUGCACUGGAUUGUACCUGGCUCAAACUGUUGAACUGCAAUCAGGGAAUGCAAAUCGGUUAUUUUUUGUAUGGAAAUAACCGCGGUUUCGGUUAAUAACCUUAUUUGCAUUCCUUAACUGCAAUGGAUACCUACUGAACCAGAACCAGACACGACCCAGAGCGAGAAAUGAUGAAAUGUAUUCAACAUUAAUAAAAAGUUCUUAGUCUUGUAAGUUGUAUCAACUUAAAAUAAACAGGGAAAAAAUAAUGUGGGUUCAAUUUAAAAUUGAAGAGAACCGUUACAUCUUGGCACCAGUGUCAAAAUUGGUACAAAGUAAACAAUAAAAUAAUAUUUACAGUACAUAAUAUGGUCUAUUUUCCCCCACUAGUGCGUAAAAUAGCACUUUUCGUGCGUAUGUCAAAAGUUUAAAGUUCCAUAAUAUGUACUGUAACACGUUGUAUGAUAUACGUGCGAAUAGUUAACUCGCAACUCGUGUCGAUUUAAAAUUUCCGCGCUUGUAUCGUAAAUAACUAUUUUGAAUGUUUGAAUAUUGUAACGUUUUAUAAUAAAUGUAAUGUGUGUAAAACCCUUAAUUCCUAAUUGAAGAAGAGGUAUUCGUACCUAAUGCCAUUGUGAAGAUACUGACUUAGUUAGUAAAGUAACUGUAAAACAUGUAUUAUGCUAAAGGUCAUUCCAGACGGGGACAAAAUUUCGCCAAUCUGAUUGAAUUGUCCGAUCAAAUCAGGCCGGACGCAAACGCCAAUUUGGCGCGCCGAAUUCGACCGCUGAUUAUGACCGAUAUUACCGAUAAAAUGGGGUGCGGACGCAAGAACACCUAAUUUGUGACUCUAGUACCUAUUCGCGUUUGGGGGAGUUUUUAUUAAUCUUAAAUUGGUGAAAGUGGCCAAAUUGGCGUUUGCGUCCGCAGCAUCUGAUUUGAUCGGUCAAUUUAAUCAAUAUGACGAAAAGUUGUCCCCCUCUGGAACAGAAAGCACAUUCAAAAUACUUAUAUUUAUUUUUAAUAUUGGGCUCUAUAGAUGCUUGCGAUUUAUCAACAUAACAAGUGAGAUGGAACUUGGCAGUAUACUUAGUCUUGAGUUUUCUUUUCAAUGCGGUAGCCGCUGUGAUCAAAGCGAUUAUAGAAUCUGAACACAAAUUGUAACGUCUAUAGAGCCCUUAUAUUAUUAUAAUUUAUAAAAACAAAUAUUAAAAAAAGACACCAGUUAUAAUAUUUAGUUGUGUGAGAUAUGAUAAUUUAUCAUAGAUAUUUUAUUUUUAAUUAUUAAGUUUACUUAAACAGUUGUGAAACCUAUGGGGGCUAAUUAAAAACUUACACAUUUGUAAAAUAUUGUACCUACAGUCAGUAUCAGAAGUUGCUAAGCGGGCGAGGUGUUCAAAAUUACCUUGACGCGCUCUUAUUCUCUUAACAAUAAAGUCGCGUCAAGAUCAUUUUGAACACCUGGCCCAUUUAGCUACUUCUGCUGCUGACAGUGCUUUAUGUAAUUUAUAUUGUAGCUCUUAAAGUAUUAAACUAAUAAAAUUUAGCUCCGGCUUACCCACAGAAGGUAGCCUUAAAUCUUUUUAUGAUCAGCAAUUCAAUGAUUAUAAUGAAACUUGAUUUUAUAAAACCACAGUAAGACUCCACUGUCCGUCUGUCUGUCACCAGGCUGUAUCUCAUGAACCGUGAUAGACAGUUGAUAUUUUCACAGAUGUGUUUCUGUUGCCGCUAUAACUACAAAUAUUAAAAGUACGGAACCCUCGGUGGGCGAGUCCGACUCUCACUCGUCCGGUUUUUUAACCCGAAGGCAGGCCAUUACUUUUCGGGGGCCCUUGGUGACAACUGCUUUAAGAAUUUUAAGAUGUAGGCUAUGGCUUAUUAAACAUAUAAUGUACUUUGUAAAAGUUUUUGCCAUGCAUAGGAAGUUUCCAUGUUGACACCGACUCGCCUUCUUUCAUGUUUUUUAAGUACCCAAUCUUCCGCACCCGCGGAUGUCAAAAAACCUGCACCAGCAACAUCCCUGGUAGGUAGCACGCGCCUUUUUACUUAACAAUAUACAAAGGAUUAGCCGUGCUGCCGGCCUAGCCAAGGUUACAAUCGCUAUCGCUUCGACAACGAAAAGCAUUAUGUCUCUCUAUCACUCUUCCGUAUUAGUGUGACAGUGACAGUUUCGUUUCGAUCGUUACGGAGCGUAAGCGAUUGGCAUCUUGGCUACGCGGCCUGGGCCAGUUACGACUUACGAGUCGAUUUACUUCCCAAGUCCACACUGGGCAAUUGUACCCCACUGCGUGUCAACAACUUGCUAAUUUGAUUAGUUCGCCUAGUUUUGUGAUAAUCUAGUGUAAUUAUUUUGGUUUAAAAAUAAACGGGUCUGUAAAAAAA